AUGGCUCCCCACAGGCUUGCGGCACUACUACUGGUCGCGAGCGUUUUCGUGUGCCAGGCGGUUGUGACCCUGGGGUUCAUCUCGCCCAAGGCUUCUGUCGCCGUUGGAAGAACCGCCGGCGAGGCCUUCGUGGGGGAGACAUUGCAGCAGAAAGGGCUUGGGCGCGGGCAGAGCUGUAUGGUUUCUUCAAGGCCGGACAAUAGAGGUGGUGAUGGGGCUACCAUGCGCCUUGGGGUGAGCAUGGGUGCAGCCAGUCUCUUGUCAUGUUGGUCAGACGCCCGUACCGAAUCUAACCUUCGAAAGCUGUCUCAUAUUUGCACCACCUUCUUCAUACACGCGCAGCGGCAGCCCUUGUAA